AUGGCUCCUCACCACCCUAAACCACACCCCAACACGCGUCUCUUCGGAGACAACCCUAAACUCGACCAGAAGGAUGCCGUCCAGGAGGAGCGCAAGAUUCGGGAGGAGAUUGACGUACUCGAAUGGAGGAUCGAGAGACUCAUAGCGGAGCCUGAGGGCCAGGCCAGGGUCAAAACCAAGGGCCAGCCUAAGGAGGAGACUCUCAAGGAGCUUGCGCAGCAGUUCGUGCAGUUGGAGAAGGCUCAUCUGGAGGCGCUGAACCGGGUCCUUUCUGGACUUAGAGACGCCGUCUUCAACAACACCGUCAAUACGAGCCCAGAACAACUCGGGUAUAUUACCACAUGGCUACAACAUGUACGAGACGAUCCGCCACCAUUAAAUGGCGUCGAUCUUGUAGCUAGCGACCAUGGAGGCUCUUUGCCUGCCUCUCCCAGAACCCCUAGAGACGUCGAAAAGUCUCCGCAGCGUCAAAUCGACCUCGAGAACAACGCCGCCGACCAGGCAGUCGCCGCUACUGUCCGCAAGCUGCGAAAAGUCCCGAAGGUGUUCGAACAGACACCCACAUCCAACAACGGCCAUAAAACCUACAAAGUCACCAUACAAUGGGCCAUGGUACAAAUCGGAGAAGAUCAGAUCAGACACAACGACCGAGGUCCCUACAAGGCUCUGUUCGGGUGGGAUCUACGUCAUCGCGGAAUGUCUUUUGGCCUGGACGGUCACAUCCUGCUCUGGCUUAUCCAAAGUUGCGCACCGGAGAGUUGUGAGUUCGACGCCUCCGUGUUUGAGUUGGAGGACGCAUCACCACUAUCAACUUGGUAUUAUUCAGGCCAGGCUGAGGCUACCGCUCGGCAGCAUGAGUGA